AUGGAUGGUGGAAUGAGAAUGCCAGAGACCAUGGCCAUUGCCAGGUACUUGGCCAGGGAAUAUGUUCUCUUUCCUCACCUCUCUCUUUCCACCUCUCUCUCUCUCUCUCUUUAUCCACCUUUUCUUUCCACCUUUCUCUCCACUUUAUCUCUUUCUACCUCUCUCUCUUUCCUUCUCUCUCUUUAUACGUCUCUGUCUCUCCACUCCUCCAUCUUUCUACCUCUCUUUUUUCACUUCUAUAUCCUCACCUUUUUCUUUCCGCCUCUCUCUCUUUCCAACUUUUCUUCCCACCUCUCUCCCCCACAUCUCUCUCUCUCUAACUCACUCUCUUUCCACCUCUCUUUCCAUCUCUCUCUUUACACGUCUCUGUCUCUCUACUUCUCCAUCUUUCUACAUCUCUCUUUUAACUUCUCUUUCCUCACCUCUCUCUUUCCAGCUUUUCUUUCCAUCUCUCUACUUCUCUCUCUUUCUACCUCUCUACUCUUUUCUCUAUCUAUCAAUCUCUCUCCUCUUCUCUCUUUCUACCUCUCUCUCUUUCUUGUCUCUCUUUCUCACUUUCUACCUCUCUCUCUUUCUAAAUCUCUCUCUUUCUACUCUCUCUUUCAUCUCUACAUUCUCUUCAUUCCCUCUCUCUCCCCUUGUCUCACUUUCUACCUCUCUAUUAUACCUCUCUCUAUUUAUAUCUCUCUUUUACAAAUAAACUUUUCCUCCCUCUCUCCACUUGUCUCACUUUCUACCUCUCUCUUUCUACCUCUUUGCUUCUACCUCUCUCUUUCCAUAUCUCUCUUUCCACGUCUCUGUCUCUCUACUUCUCCCUCUUUCUACAUCUCUCUUUUAACUUCUCUCUCCUCACCUCUCUCUUUCCAGCUUUUCUUUCCAUCUCUCUCUCUCUCUCUACUUCUCUCUCUUUCUACCUCUCUCCUCUUUUCUCUCUAUCUACCUCUCUCCUCUUUUCUCUCUAUCUACCUCUCUCUCCUCUUCUCUCUCUUUCUACCUCCCUCUCUCCACUUGUCUCACUUUCUACCUCUCUCUUUCUACCUCUCUCUCUUUCCAUCUCUCUUUUUAUAUAUCUCUGUCUCUCCACAUUUCCCUCUUUCUACCUCUCUCUUUUCAACUCUCUCUCUCUCUCUUGCCACUUCUCUUUCCUAA